AUGGCCACGCCAGCAGUCGAGGAGCAAACCCUCCGCAAACAGCGUGUGCGUGCACUGGCUGCCAACCUCGAUAAAGGCAUCGGUGGACUGGACGUGCUGAAGGCAGUUGACGACACCUACGUGCCUCCAAAGAGCGGACAUAAUCGGCCUGGGGUCGCGCACGGCACCACGCCAUACGGCCUCUCUCACAAGUUGCGUGGUCGACUGAUGUCGAGCGAGGCAAUCGAUGGCAAGUGUAUCUUUUUCAAGGACGUUCUCAUCCGCCACACCGUCGUCUUCCGCAAGAUCCAGAUCGUCGACGGCGUCACUCCGCAAGUCACACAAGCGCACCCAGCAUGCCCUGAUGGGCCAGUGCGUUGCUGCCAGUACUCAAAUGGGCGCGAUACGACAUCCUUCCCAGAGAAAUGGUUGAAGCUCACAGAAGCUGCCUUCCGACCCUCAAGAUCUCGGGUUGUCACGUCUGCGGUCAAGAUGUCGCUCGUGAUGGCUCUUGGCGACAAUGUCCACUUUCCGGCAGCCAUCUAA